AGGUCGGUGUUUUCUCGAUGACGAGCAUGGAUUCAUCGUCUCUCACCUGGGAGCUCACAGGGAAGCGAUGGAUGCGCGUAGGGUUCUUCACGGCGGCUGUCACAUUUGCGGUGUGGAUUCUCUGGGAGAUCGCUCUGCCGCAAGCAUCCUGGGGUUCCUUGAUCGCCGCCGCCUUCAGGUUCUUGCUCUUUCAGCUAGCGCAGCUCGUCUUCUUGCUAGGGCAGCGAUUGGUAGUCCAGCCGGAGGACCCUAACUCGUCCUCCAUCGCCGACACGCUGCUGGGAAUGGUAUUGCUGGGCAAGGCGGCAUUGGGCUGGCCGCUAGACCCAGAUUACACGUAUCUCGUCGUCCAGAGGAUCCGGGUUUUGAGAAACAGUUUCGUUCUCGCUAUCGCAACCAUGGCCUCUGGAUUCCUGUCGCUAUGCGCACUCACGCUCUCAGUGAGAUCGAAGAGCUCGUUCUUCAUCGACAUGGGUGUUCGUGGUGCCGCGCUGGGGCUGUGCUACAUUUUUCUCUACACUUGGGGGAAGGGCCAUUUGCUCAAGUUUCCGAUCAUCCAGAGACAAGUUUACUUCAGUAUGAAACUGGGGAUGACUUUGGCAUUGCGCUCGGCACUUAGAAUGGCAGUGCUCUCCAUUCCAGUCGCGGAGGUCCUCGUAAGAUCCUUGCACCGAUGUCUUGCUGGUAACUGGGGGCCCUUCUCUUUGUGGCACCAAGUCAUCUAUGUUGUCGGAGCGUUCUUUGUCGCUCUGAUCUGGAACUUGUGCUGCCACUUUAUCCAGGUGAUUCACACGAGACGGUUCGUGUUUGCGCCACCCCCGGGAUCAGCUGCAGCCGAGACUAAUCCGACAGAGCCGCUUCUUUCGGUUUUGGAAGACGACGAGGACUUGAUCAGGCAGUACCUUGGAUUCCUGGACCUGUUCAUCCUAUCAGGAGUCUCCGAGAUAAAUGUUGAGGCCUGGCGGCGAGCGGCAUUCUUCGAAGAAAGCGGUGAAGCUUACAAGAAGGUCAUCACGCUCUGUCUGCGACCACUUGACAGGCUUACAGUGAGGCUCCUGAAGGGUCUGGAAAGUGCGCAAGUAGGUGGUACCAAAGAUCACAUACCGGGUGCUGAACAAGGUGUGCAUGCCAAGGAGAACUUUCAAGAAUUGCAACUUUGCUCGUGGUGUGCGGGCAUUGUGUCUUCGCUGACGGCAUUCUCACGCACCGAAGACCGAUAUGGCGUUGCGCAGCUAACUGGCUCCAAUGCGGCGGUACUGGCAUCGCUCAUAUCCUGUCUGCUUAUCCUGGACGUCUACCUGGGACGUCGUAGUGGUUUCGGAGCUUUGAGCCUCGUCAGCCCGAACGGGAUCCGGUGGGCCGUGCCGUUCCGAGGAGCUCUGCUGGACGCGGAUAGGAAGCAAAGCGCUCUUUUCAAGAAGAAGUCUCUCCAGCACAGGAAAGCACACGUAAUGGCGGAUGUUCUUCGGACAGCAAUCUACAGGAUCGUGGCAGUUUUCAGGGAGGAGAUGGUAGUGACUGGCUCUGGCACCGUCUCGUAUGCUCUCGCGGAACGAGACUGGCUGAGUAGGAACAAGCCUCUCUUUGGGACACCCGAGAUGCACCUCCAGAAGCUGGGACAGUUUAUAGAGUUCCAGGAGUAGGAUGGAAGAAGACACAGUUUUGACGGGAUUUGGUAAUGUUGCGGUUUAGAUGUAUCAACAGGGUUGUGAGGAGAGCUUCCUCGACUUGUUAGAAGCUGAGUCGGGAUCACUCGUUUGAUAGCUAUAAGGUGGCGCUUCGCUUUGGAGCUGCAUCACCGACGUCAUGACUUGCGCGAGCUCCGCCUGCGUGUGGUUGAGCUCCAGCAUAUGGGACAGGACAGAGUUGAAGGACUGGAGCGUCUCCUGGACGCUCUGGAGCGUGCUGAGGUUGUCCUUGCUGCCGGACUGGGACUGGAUCGCCUCGAGACCCUCCACCAGGGACAGUGCCUCGAUCACUUGGAGCUGGGUCUGAUUGAGAUCGGGGAAGGACAGGGAUUCUCGGAUGCUCUGGAGCUGCUGCUGGGUCUCCUGGAUGGCUUCACGCAGGUCAAUGAGCAUAUCUCUAGUGAGGACGCCAGUGUUGUCACCACUCCCCGAAGGUUGAUCACCACUGCUGCCACUUCCGCCGCCGCCGUUGUCACCACCACCACCACUACCGCCACCUCCUCCACCUCCUCCUCCGCCAGGUCCGCCACCACCGCCAGGACCAUUUGGACCUCUCGGAUCCGUCACAUUUGAAGAAGAUCCACGAGAACCACCUGGAAACAAAAGCAAGCACCAGAUCGAGUUGGAAAGGUAAAAGAUCGAGCUCUCACUUUCGGUGGUAUUUUCGCCAAGACAACUUCUCCAGUGGAUGGAAUGGAGCAGCAGGAGCACCAGCAGCAGUAGCUGGAAAUUCGAAGCCGUGAUCAUCCUGAGAGAUUGGCAGUAGCAGGCAUGAGACUCGAAGUGGGCCAAAGUUUCAUCCAUAUAUAAGACUGGUCGAGGAAGCGUGUCUUUCUCGAUCCAAAUUUUGUGGAACAUGUCCUUUGGGUUGUCUUGCCAGUACUGGAGUGCCUUUCUCGUGAAAGCACACACUUCUUUCUAAAGUCAAACUCGUCAGACUAUAGUCAA